AUGGAGCCCACAGUCGACUCUAGUCUUUCCCACGAGCAGCGCUGGACAACACAUCGAGCUGAUGCCGAGCAGGAUUCAGCCCAUGCAGCAAGUGCUGCCUCCACGCCUGCUCCCACUACCCCCGCCACACCGCCAGCAGAGGAUCUCACCUCCUCUCUAGAAUUCCCACCGCCCUCCACAUCAACGUCAGCCGUCAAUCGUCUCGGAAUUGACGCAGAAGAUGAAGAUGUCCGUAUCGCCAUCAUGGCCUUGGGUGCUAUGAAGAGUCUAGAUGGCUCCAGCAACAGCUUCGGCGCCGCCAGUGCCAGCAGCAGCACUCUUUCACUAGACGCACACAAGCGAACCUGCAAAUCCCCAGCUCGCACAUCUUCCGCCAUCUCCACCUCCAGCGUAACUUCCACCGCCAUGUCUUCACCCUCCUCCACUCCAGCAACUGAUCUCACACAAGAUUCGCGUGCCGACUCUCCUGUCGGUCGCAUAUCCGCUCUAGCACCUCUUGGCGACCUGCCACCAGAAUUUAAACUUUCUGCAGUCAUUCAAGACGAGAAUGGCAACCAGCUCCAAGUCGACCCAGAGAUGAUGAACGAUGCUGACUUUUUGAAACGAGUCAGCCAUCUUCCCAUCGUCCGCGGCACAUUACGAGCCUACGAGCUCGGAAAGCAGCACAGUAAGGUCGUCAAGUAUGGUGCAGGUCUCGUUGAAAGUUCAGUCAAGACCAUCUCGCGUCCUGUCGUCAGUCGACUUGGUGCCAGUCUGGGAGAACGAGGUGUCGAGCAACUCGAUGACUUUGCCUGUCGACAACUCGAUCGUAUCUAUCCCUCGGCCCUUGCUUCGCCAAGCAAAGAGGAGAAGCGCGGUAUUUUGGAACAAGUCGACCGCAGGGACAAGCAAGAGUGGGCCAAUAUGAGUCCAGAAGAGCGCCAGAAGCGGAGGAAAGCAUAUACUGCCUUGCAGCUCGAAGAGCGCGAGCGCAAUCUCAUGGCCAAUGAAUUGCGCCAACGACGAGGCAAAGGCGCCAAUCUCGAGAUUGAUACUCCCAACGCAGCACCCAGCUCUGCACUUGCAUCCCGUAGUGGCAGCACCGCAGUCGGAGACAAGCGCAAAGGUUCAAGCCAGAGCCCCACGGAAGAUGGUGCAGACCAAGAGUACAAGGAUAGAGCAGGUUCAAGCGGUGCUGUCGUCCGCACCAACGCCCAGUCGAUACCCUUCCGCAACAGUCGCUGGGGUUCGAUGCUCGUUGAGGCCGGUGCCACAGCAGGCGGUUUGUCGGCAGCAAUGAGCCAAGAAUCGAUGAAGUCGCUCAAGUACUGUCUCCAAUGGCUUCAGUAUGCCACCGCUCACAUCGAGCACCAGAUCACCAUUCUGCGUGAUCUCAUCGUUAAGCUCAACCAUGGAGAACUCGACAUGUCCGGCACCGCGGUUCAAAAUCUGACCAACAUCAAAGGUGAUGUUGUCAACACAAUCCGAGGUGUUGUCGACGUCAUUGGCAAAUAUGCCGGAAGUGCACUCCCCGAACCGGCACGCAACAGCGUCAAGGCUUUCAUUCUCAGCCUUCCCGCUCGCUGGGCGACCGUCAAUCGCAGCUCGGCGGCCAGCUCUCCCACCGGCUACUUCGGCAGCAGUCCUUCCUCACCUUCCUUCUCACCGGCGCAUAUUAGUGAAGGACCGCAGUCGCCGACGCAUCUUACUGCCAAUGCACGAUACCGCAAUGCAGCUGGUAGUGCCCGCGAGCAGAUGCAGGUUGCAGCAACAGCACAAGCUGCAAAUCGCAUUCUAACCCUCGCCAUUGAAUCACUUGACAUUCUGCGCAGCGUCACUAUCGUAUUCGGUGAAUCUCUUGAUCGUGCCGAUCUUUGGGUCGAGCGUCUUCGCAUUCUCGGUCUCCAACGCAAGCGUCAGCACGAAGCAAACCCUUCCGAGCAACAACAGAUUGCUGCAGGUCCCUCCUCCUCCUCCUCCUCCUCCUCCUCCUCCUCACUAAGCGCUCCUCAUUGGGAGUCAGCACGCGGAUCUUCCAUGCGAGGUCGAGCUGAUUCGCCUGGUGGGGACAGUGAUGUUAGUAUGGGUACAAGUGCGUCCACUAAGCGUAGACGAACGAGACAGACGCCUACAGGAGCGUUGCAUAUGUCACGUACACCGUCAGUAUCCCAGGGUGAAUUUAGUGAGGAGGAGGAAGCAUUGACGGAGACGGAGAAGACUAAGAAUCCUCCAACAGCGUCUAGUGCUAGCUUUGCCACAGGCACUGAGAAUGGAUUGCAUCUCCCUCACCACCACUUGCAUCAUCAUGGUAGAAGACCAGGGACAAGAUCGAGAGCGGGGACCGGAGGAAAACAUUACCCUAUGCAUCCCCCUAAUUUGCCCUCUCCGCUGCAGGCUACUUUUGCAAAUGCGAGUGCAAGUGGUGGAAGCACAACCGCUGGUAGUGGGCGUUCAGAAUGA